AUGUCCAAUUUCGACAGCCAUCACGCCAUGGCUGAAGCCAGCGGCACUCCGGUUGCCGACAACCUGGCCACAGCACUCAAUCCCUCCACCAAUCCUGAUUCCGCCACCGCUGAUCUUGACGGAGACGCAGAUGUAAGCACUGGUGUCGGCGCUAUCAUGUUCCUUCUCCGGAAGCGCAAAGCCAUCGAUGACACGGCUAACACUUCAGACAGCAACAAACUCAGCAUCAAACGCCAAAAGGCUCACGCCGGAGAUCACCCUCGCGUGCGCCGAGCUAGAAACCCCGCUCACGUCAGACGCAUGGUGCCAAUGUCCGCCGAAGAACGCGAAGCGUACGCCCACCUCGCCAACUUGCAACGCGACGCCGGCGCACUCGACGGUUUACCUCAAGAACUUCUCGACAACAUCUGGCGCCAGAUCUUCGUCGGCACUCGAGUCACCUUCAAGAAGUCCCCUGCAACUAAUCGAAUUCCGGACCGUCUCGCCUGGUGGAGGGACGGCUUUCCAUUCACGCGAAUUAGCAAGAAGCACAGUAGAGAUGCAAAGAGAGCCAUGCUUGAGCACGCCACAGUCUUAGUGCCUGCGACCGAUGUGGCUUUGCUGCUGGCACAGUGCAAGGAAAUCGCAGAGAUCCGUCACAUUCAGCUAUGCGUUCCUUCAACCGUUUGCAACUCCUUCACUUUGAUGGACGAUUUCUUCAGGGCUUUGACAAGUCUCAGAACCCUGCGGAUCGACACAUUCGUGCGACAUUCGCGAAGACAGCACUCUAAUCUCGCCGAACUGAUGGACAAAGAGGCGCUAUGGACAGGAAGACUUCUUCUGCAAGUUUUGACGCGAUCGAGGGAACUCCCGAUCCAUAAAGCCGUCGAACUUGACCUGGACUGGCUUUAUGACAUCUUGCGCGGCGAAGCUUUCCUUGGGUGGGAAAAGGCCCCAGCGGUCCAGGUCACGGUCGGAUUCGAGAUCGAGAAGGCAGACAACACAUACAGCUUCUCGGAAAAUGAGAAUGGGACCAUCGAUACUUCUCCUUCCGUAUACCAUUUCGGCAGCGGUCUAUUGACUGGCACAAGAGGCGGUCGCCAGGUUUCGGCAAAGCAGCGCAUUCCCUCUUUCACCGGCUUUCGACGCAGAGGAGGUCGCGCAAUGCUGUGCGACGCCUCCAUGCCGAACACUGUGGUACGAAGCCUCGUUGAGAGCAUAAUAGGCCAUCCUCUUGGUGAAGUUGACCAAAGAGAGCUGUGGCGCUUUGCUUGGUUUGAGGCUGACCGAAAUUGCGAUUCAAAUCCUUGGGACUUGGAUAUUGACCGAGAGGUCUAUCUUGCAGCAUGCGAGCUGUAUGCAUUCGACCAGGAGAACCCCUCAUGUCGAAAGUUGAUUGCGUGGUUGGAACAGCGUAGUGUACCGGAGCUCCAAAUCGAAAACGCCGAGCAGGCUCAGGACUUGAUUGUGGUAGUCGACCCUCGAACGCGCCCCAUUCCUCAAUACGUGGGGUAUUUCUUCCAGCAGGCGUUCAAUCAGAUGCUAGAGCAAGCCUGGGAUCGAUCUGAACCCAUCAUCAGACGUGGACGCCAUCCUCGUACAUUUGAAUUCGCCAAUACGCUGCAAGUGUAUCAGUUUGUGACCUCGCUGAUACAAUUAUGCACCGGGCGGCGGUGUCGCGUCCUGGAUGCCGCCGCUGGAACAGACUUCCCGCGACUCAUAAAGGCCAGCUACUACCGACGAUGCUUCGACCGGCUCUACAAACUGCCAACCCGCCCGGGUACGGAAGCUGUCACCAAGCACAUGAGUCUGGAGGCAGAGAGACUCCGACCUUCAGACCCGGUCGCAGCCAUGGAUCUGACGUGGGCAAUUAAAUACAUGGCGACAGGGGGCUUGUGGCAACAUAGCGGUAUGGCGACAGACUUCGCCAACCUCUUCGAUUGA